AUGGCCGGCGCCAAAGUCUUCGCCGUGCCAGAGCUGCUUGAGAAUAUCUUGUUGCAGUGCGCAGAUACCGCUAUUAUCGACCAGCUUGAGAGACCCGAAGGCGUAAGCGCGUCUACGGAACCGCUUAGGUCACUUGCGCCCUGCCACCGUGUCUCGCGAGCAUUCAAUAACGUCCUUAUCGGCUCGUGCAAGCUGCAGCAGCUGAUGUUUGGCGACUCCAAUCCAUCAUAUGAUGGAGUCAGCCUUCCGAAGUCAGCGCCCAUCGUGUGGCUCCUCGCAGUACAAGAGAAGGUCUUCGAAUGCUGGGGCCAAGGAGCAAAUGAGGAGGCGGACUUCAUUUACUCCAUCGACUUCAGACAUCCAGCGAUCAGCACAGCGCCGAAGGGGCUCAGAGCACGCGAAGCAUCGUGGCGCCGUGUCAAAUGCCACCGAGGCGCAGGCAACGACUCCAAACCCCUUAUGGGGUACUUCAAAUCCGUCAGCUGCAACUCCACAUCUCCAUAUGAUAGCGAGCGUUUCCUCGACGUCGUUGAGAUGCAUGGAGACUGCACGCUCGGGACUUUUGCAGAUUGGCUCGACAAUUCUGCAUUCUCGGGCCAUGAGGAAGAGUACCAGAUCAGCGUGGAUUACCUUUAUGGGUACGACGCCCCGCUUGAACCCAUCAAGCGGGGCGAACGUGGCACGCUGAAGAAGCCUCAGGUCCUGCGCGAGUCUGCGCCAAAAGAAGUACUGGACGAGAAGCACUCGGAUGCGGGUAGCCCGGAAGGCAAGGAGAUUGUCGAGAAGCGCCCGGAGGAGAACCAGUCGGCUGAAGAGCAAUCGAAAUGA